AGAAAACAAGAAUUAGUCUUGUCAAGCUAUCAUGACGAGAUUUAAAACUAAUUCAAUUUGCACGUCAGGAGAAAUUGGAGAGUUCUGCAGGUUUUCUUUUUCCAGGAUGAAGAAGAUGCUACUGUUUGUUCUCUUUCUUUCAGGGCUGCCUCCUCUAUCCACAAACAUCCUACGAGAGUACCACUAUGUAAACAUGUCAAAGACCUGGGCUGAAGCUCAGAGUUACUGCAGAGAGAUGUUCACUGACCUUGCCACCGUGCGCAAUAAAGCUGACAACAACAGGCUGCUGAGUGUAGUGCACGGCCGUGGAAAACGCGCAUGGAUCGGGCUUCGUGAUGACCUGACUAAAUGGAAGUGGGUGCUGGGAAAUGCGGGCUUCAGCAAUGAUACAGAUUUCAGCAACUGGAGUUCACAUAAGCUCACCAAUAAUAAGGUCACGCGCAUCUGCGCUGCGAUGUCAAAAUAUGGGUUUUGGUAUGCCCAUACAUGUUGGCAAAAACAUGCAGCAGUCUGCUACUAUGCAAAAGCUCCUUCCAGGUACAUUUUAGUAAGAGAUCUGAUGACUUGGAGCCAGGCCAGGCAGUACUGUGUGUCCAAAUACACAGAUCUUGUCAGUGUGAGAAACAUGUCUGAGAAUAAUCAAAUCACCUCGCUGCUGUCAAGAAGGACCUGGAUUGGUCUCCACAGGUACUACUGGUCUCCCUGGUCGAACCAGAGCCCCAGAACCUUCACUAACUGGAACACAGGUCAGCCCUACAACCCUGACGACUAUAGGGUGUUAUGUGCAAAAGUCAACACAACCACAGGAACAUGGUUGGCUGCUGACUGUGAGGAAAAGCACCGUUUUGUCUGCGAAAAGGUUCGCAUUCGACAAAAAGCAACGUUCAAGUUAAAGUUCCAGUCUGAGGCUGACCUGAAGGAUCCUGCUGCCCAGCGACAGGUUUUAGAGCAGCUGCACGCCAAGCUGGAGAAACAUGGACUACCAGACUUCACACUCCACUGGAUGCAGACGGAUGGCCAGACCUUUCACAAGGAACAACAGACGACAAAAGAGGAAGGGUCAGGCGGCUGAGCGGUCAUUGUGCAACGGACAUCAUGUUCCUCUUACAAAUUAACACUCUUCAUUAAAAAAAAACUAAUUCAGCCACUACUGUAACACAAUGUUUCAAUCCUAUUUUCUAUUUGUAAUGUGUUUAGAUGCAUGUUGUGCAGUUACAGUUUUUUAUUACUUAAAAUGCUCUUUGCACUGGAUCUUUUUGCAUAUUUGCAGUUAAAAAAAAUGCUUAACAGAUUUCUGCUUGUGACUUCAGAGCAUGUGGCGAGGUCUGAAAUGAGUGUGAAAAACAUGUUUUUGUUUAUGUCACAUUUAAAUGUUUUAUGAGUGUUUGGCGAGUCCUUUGAAAUUUCGAGCCUUUUAAAGCUUCAUGUUUUGCAGACGUUUUCUGCUUUGAAAUGUGUGAUCCUGUGACGAUCGGCAUCAUAGCGAACGAGCAGCAGAAUCUUAGCGAGCAAGCAUUCUGAGCUUGUCUGUAACAAUGGCCCAUGGCCCCUUGCUAAUUAUGAAACAUUAAAACUGAAUGUCAGCUCAACACAUGCGGGGUGAGAGAGAAAUGAUUGAGCUUGUGCUUUUGGCAGAGUGAGGAUGCAGUAUAACUAUUAAGAUUGGUCUUAACAUCCAGUAUGACUAAAAGGCCUGUCUGCAUAGUGUGUGUAGAAAAGAAAUACUUGAUGUAGCCUGCAUCUCAA